AUGUUACGCGCACUUUGCUUCGCCGUACUAACUGUGGGGGUAGCCUACAUUUUUUGGCAUUCACUCGAAAAAUCGCAACGCUAUAGACAUGGCUCAUUCGUACCGGUUCGUAAUAAUUGCGAAGCCAUGUGGUUUAUAGACGGUAAAGAUUAUAUGUCUGUUGUGGCCGACGCUAUUGAGGCUGCCGAGAAGGAAAUAUUGAUAACAGCAUGGCAAAUUAACCCUGAGAUUUUCAUGAAAAGACCAGGUUCAGGAGUGGAUAGCUUGGAAUGGCGUCUUGACAAGAUACUUUUGAGAAAAGCCAAUCAAGGUGUUCAAGUUUGUAUCCUGUUAUACUGGGAAACUAAGCCAUUUUUGGAUCUCGGAAGUGAUCAUGCUGUUAGGCUGCUUGGAAAGCAUAGAAAUAUCGAGAUACGACGGCAUCCCGAUGCCCUCAGUGGAAUACAACACCCGGGGACUUUAUUUCGGUGGAGUCAUCACGAGAAGAUGGUGAUAGUUGACCGAGCUAUUGCAUUUGUUGGCGGUGUAGAUCUUUGCUAUGGGCGCUGGGACACUCGCUAUCAUGAAUUGAUGGAUAAUUUUAAUAUUCAUCCUGCUGUGGAUGAGAGCCAUGCUUCUGAGUCCAAACUUGAGGGAUCCAUUGAACGAAAAUAUGCUCGAUGGAUUGGCAAAGAUUACAGGAACACCUUUUACAACAAGGAAAGCCAAACGACCUGGGACAAACCUUUCGAGGACUACGAAGGUGUCGAGAGAAAUGAGAUCCCUCGAAUGCCGUGGCAUGAUGUCAGCUGCGCUUUUAAGGGAGAAGCCGUACAAGAUGCUGUCCGACAUUUCAUUGACAGAUACAAGGGUCUUGUGCCUUGGUGGCAGGCAUUUUGGAGCUCGUUUCGAGUAAAUUUUCAGUCAGUAGUUAAACCUUUGCCCAACAUUUUCCCACCCGGCAAAUCUAAAGCGGAAGAAAUUGUCUUCACUUCCGGUGAGCACAAUGUCAACAUUCAAUUCCUUCGAUCCGUUGACAAAUGGUCGGCUGGUCAAGAACGCGAAGCCUCCAUUCAUAACGCUUACCUAGAUGCGAUAAGAAAUGCCAGGCACUUCAUUUAUAUCGAAAAUCAGUUCUUUAUUUCCUCGCAAGAAGGAUUCUGGCGGAAAGUGCAAAAUCAGAUCCAGUCGGCACUGGUCGAGAGAAUUGUCCGAGCACACAAGGCUCGCGAGAAUUUUCACGUCAUGGUUAUGACCCCGCUGAAGCCAGAAUUUCCUGGUGACUGGGACUCCAGUGAUUUCAACGGCGAUGCUUUGCGGGCUGUGACUUUCUGGAACCAAGCCACUAUCUACCAUGGAGAGGACUCCUUAUUUAAAAAGCUUGAGAAGGAAAACAUUCCCAAAGACAUUGCAAAGAACUAUUUCUCUGUGUAUAGUCUACGAAAAUAUGAUCUAAUAGAGGGAAAUUUCGUCACAGAGAUAGUUUAUGUUCAUAGCAAGAUCAUGAUUGUCGAUGAUCGAGUGGCUAUCAUUGGAUCUGCAAAUAUAAAUGAUCGGAGUAUGCAAGGAGAGCGAGAUUCAGAAGUUGCAGUUAUUAUAGAAGAUUUAGACAUGUUAGAUGGCAAGAUGAAUGGUGUGGACUUCAAGGUGGGUACGUUUGCCCACAGCUUGAGGUGUGACUUGUUCAAGGAACAUUUAGGAUUAUUAGAUGACAACGAGGAUGAAUUUGAAAUAGCAAUACGGGAUCCAUUGGCCAACAGCUUUAUUAAGGGAGUUAGAGCACGUGCAGAGAUCAAUACUGUAACCUUUCUAACUGUAUUUGGUCCGGGGCUUUUUCCACGAGAAGGUAUCAAGGAUCUCGAAGUCUUAAAACGUUACAAGAAUAUUCCUUUGCCUCGUCCAGAUUCGCACACGGCAAGAAGAUUAUUAAAGAAUAUAAAAGGAAAUCUGGUGAAUUACCCUUGUACUUUCUUAGUAAAGGAACUGAAGGCGUCUACCUUAGAUUAUGGUAACAUGUAUGUCAACCGAGGACAACCUCCCGAGAAACCGCGAACGAUUCUUGUGUGA